CAUUUUACCGUCUUGAGGCGAUUUCGGUACUGUAAAAUCCCGCCACCCCUAUUCAGCAAAGCGUGCAUCCGGGCAUUUGGAAAGCAUCCAUUCAUUCUUUGUUUUUAUACUUGUCAAUUGCUCUCUGAAUUAUACUCAUAAAAUUUUUAUAAGUAAUGUGAUGUCGCAUUUACUCACGAUUUUAACGUUUACGUGAUUUAAGCAAAACCUCGAUUGAUCUGAUUUACUUGUUUAUAUUUUAUUAACGAUAAAAUUUUGAAGUGGUGGAUUAAUUUUUUUGUGAUCUUCAUCUUCUCUCAUUCUCAUCCCUAUGGCAUCUGCUAUUGUAAACGGAAUUUUAGUCCAAGGACUAUCGGACGAAAAUGACAAUUCUUCAAACACGAAAGAUCAAAUUUAUAUGAAUGGGACUGCGACUGAUACUUCAGAUCUUUUGAAAUCUGACCCGCAUAUGGUUAACCCUCAACUUGCUCCUACUUAUUCUCAAUACACAACUAGUGCUGAUCAGGCAACAGUUCAGACGCAUAAUUCGGAUGCAAAGGAUCUGUUUUCAUCUUCUCUAUUAACUACUGCAAAUGGAAUUGAACAGCAGACGCACAAAGAGAAGUCUCCACUUGAUCAGGAGGCACUAUGGUGUCAACUUUAUAGGCAAACUGAUUUGGAUAAUGAGAUUAAUGGAAGUGCUAGCCAAACCAGUACCAACUCUACGACACUUACAACAACAGCCACUACUGAUUCUACCAAAGUCAGCCAACCAAAACGACUUCAUGUCAGUAAUAUCCCAUUCCGUUUUAGGGAUCCUGACUUGAGACAAUUAUUUGGGCAAUAUGGUCCAAUUUUAGAUGUAGAAAUUAUAUUUAAUGAAAGAGGAUCGAAGGGGUUCGGGUUUGUAACUUUCGCAAAUAGUGCGGAUGCUGAUCGCUCGAGAGAGCAAUUGAACGGCACGGUGGUAGAGGGCCGAAAAAUAGAGGUAAACAAUGCUACAGCACGAGUACAGACAAAAAAAGUUCCGACUAUACCUAACGUGGCUGCUCUUCGUGGGGUAGCUAUACAGAGAGGGCGGGCUCGAGGUGCUCUAGCUACAGCAUUUGCUCGUCAUGCAUCCCCGCUCACUGCUGCUGCAGCAGCAACAGCAUUGCACGGUUAUGCACCUCUAUUUUCUAGGGUCUGUUCUGAUCCUUUCCUGGCAUAUGCUGGUGCAGAGAGGUACCAACUUCCAGCUACUUAUGCAGCCAGUGCUGCUUACACCGCUGCUGCAGCUAGAACUUAUGCUGCUGCUGCCGCAGCAGCUGCUGCACAACCUGUUGCUUCAUAUGCUGCUGUAGCAGGCACUCCAUCAUUGUAUUAUAGUUAUGCAAGAGAUUAUGCAGAUCCUUAUUUAGCUCACAGCAUAGGUCCAGUUGCUGGAUAUGGGGCUGCUGUCUAUCGGACAAGAUUUACUCCAUACUAGAAUCGGAGUGUACAUCAAAGUAAAAUGCUCUGAUGCACAUGUAUUGAAGAAAUGCGAGAGCACAAAGAAUAGUCUUUUUUCAUUAAGGACAAUACCUGACGCACAUUUUAGCAUUGUGGAUUUUAUUUAUUAUCUCGAGUCUGUGAAGUGAGCUCAGGACUUUUCACUGAAAGUCGUGAAGAAGAAACAAACAUGAAGUAUUUUAAAGCUUAGUGAAAAAGAAAAAUUAGAUCUGAAAACUUAAAAUUAACCUUUCUCAUUCAGCUUUGUGACAAAUGUAUUUUGUUUCUAGUCACAUCUGUUUUAUUGUUGUGCGACUCCCUAAUGUUUUAUUGUCGAUUUUAAAUGCAUCAUCAUGCUUGUCUGUUUUUACUUUCACUGAAUCUCGCUUUCAUAUGAACUUUUUGUGGAUUAUUUUACAAAUCUCAGUAUUCAAUAUACAUUUUGUUUUUCUUCUUCGGUGUUUAUCAUGUUUUGCAAAGCAAGAAAAGUGCUUGUUUUGUGAUCUGAAAAAAAAUGUAAGCCCUGCCUGCUAUAAUUAUCUUUGUUUUGCACAACUUAA